UUUUCUUCUCUCAAAAUUGUUUAGUUUAUAAACUCUUCAAAUGGUCAGUAACUGACCACCAGUUAGGUUGACAGGUUAUAUUUUCAACAAGAAAUUUGAAUUUCGAACAACCACGUUUUUCGGUCAAGAAAAGUUCUUUCUGCUCUUUUUAUCGUGUGGUUUAUUUUUCAGAUUGUUUCAUGCAUCUUUCAACAAUGAAUAUCAACGAUUUACACGAUGACUGUUUGCUUUUGAUUUUUGAUCAGUUUUAUCAAUUGCGACAAUUUCCGAUAUUGAUGAAAGUUUCAAGUUGAAUUGAUAUUUUAAUUCUAAUGAGUUAAUAUACGCAAAGUUUGUAGGCGCUGGAAAAUAUUAUCGGAAAAGAGUUUGAAGAAGAUCACUCACUUGGACAUUUCAUUUUCUAAUCACUUAAUGCAGAUUGAUGAUUCUCUUAAAGAACCUUAUCUUUCAUUGACUCGUAAAUGUACUCUGACAAUUAGACCAGGCUCCUUGAAGAAAAUUAAACUCUCAAACUUCUUCUCAAUGUUAAGAUAAUCCAUCUUGAAAAUUUAAAACUGAAACGACGCUGUCUUUGCGCUGCAUUAGCUCAAUUACUCGCUAAAUUUUCGCACAAGUCAACUCGUAGACUUAAAGGCUUGAACUUAUUUGAUCAUAAUAUCAAAAUGAAUUUUCACGAAUGUAACAUCGUGAGAAGAGCAGAGCAAAGUAUAACACCAUUUCUGAGUGAUAUUGAAUUUCUAGGAAUUAGUAAUGACUUAAUAGUUACAAGUUAUCUCAGAACUUUUGGUCAUCUGUUGAAAUUGAAAUCUCUUGGCUCUCCUAAAUAUUGCCAGGCUGUAAAUUUACUCCGUGUUCUGAAAUUCGCCCAUUUUUUGACGAAUCUUGAGCAACUUACUACUUAUUGUGAUGAUGAAUCUUAUGAUUAUUUUGUUCAAGUCGAAAACCAAAUACCGAUAUUUGGAAAUCUUUUACAUCUUAAACUUACAGAUUAUUCGUAUGACAGAUCAACUUUUGCAAAAUUUUUGAACUUGUGUCCAAAUUUACUCGACCUUUCUCUGGAAUUGAUUACUAAUGACAUUGACCAAAUUCACCAAAUCAACAGAAACUUCAAUGUCCAAAGAUUGGAUUUACGUUUUGUUACGCAGGAUCCAGAACAGAUUUUAAAAACCAUUGAAAAGUUUCCAAACUGUCGAUACUUAAGUAUGAGUGCUUAUUAUGCUUCACUAUCUCCAGACGAACUGAUCCAGAUUAUAAGAUCAUUACCUCAUUUGUCAUUAUUUCAUGUCAAACAUGAUUCGAAAAAUUUAGCAGAAAAACAAAUCGUGAAAAACCAUUGUCACUCACAAAAUCCUAAAAUCGAUGUUUACUUUGGUUCUAAAGAUGGAAAACUAUUGAUGUUUCAUAAACUUUAUCGAAAGUUUCAAAACCAUUUCUACAUAAAUGAAGUCUGAAGAUGUAGCUGUUAAUUUCCAAUCCACUUUUGAUCAUCUUUUUGGCUCAACAAUCAACACAGAAAAACUUUGAUUGGAUCCAUAAUUGUAUCAUGAUUAACAUUUUGUUAACUUCUAAGGUUAAAUUAGGAUCAUUUAAUUUCGACAGAAAAUGAGAGGUUAACGAAUUUAAUUUGUUUUGCAAAUCGUGAAAAUAAUCAACUUGUUGAUUGAUUGUUUUUCGAGGUAAGAGAUGAAUGGAAAAAGUUACAAUCAACUGAAGAAAUUAAUCUUUCCAAAUAAACUUUACCAAUUGUAAUUAACUGGAUUGGAUUUUUCUUGUGAUUGUAAUCCUAUGAACGAUUAACACCAAAAAUACGAACCAUUAGAGCGCUGAACAGAAUUGAAGCCGAAUUGGAAACUGAAUUACAUUAUAUCUGUAUCUUGAACAGUUCAUUCAAUCAAAGAAUCAAUUAGAUGACAACAAUUUAAUUAUUCAAAUUCCACGUGUUUACCACAACCACAUGUUCCGUUGAACAGUAACUCCAUCUGAAGGAAAAUUUAUGAAUCAUUUUCUUUUUUUGGUUCGCAAUUCAGUUGAAUAGAAAAGGCAAAUUCUGUUGAAUAUUUUAAUCAAUUUUCUAUCUCAUAUACAAUUGAGCUUAUGAUUGAAUCAUAUCUUUAAGAGGUUUUAGGAAUUCGGCAAUUAGGAAAUUUUCCAACGAUUCCGAUAGCGAACUUAUGGAAGAGUUAAAAGUUUUCACCAUUUACAGAAUUGGUAACAUGAAUAUCAUAUUGUACAUUUUAAGUGCGUAAAUUUUUGCAUUCAAAUUUGAAUCAAAUUUUUCAAUCGCGAACAAACUGUAAUUAGAAACAAAGAGAAGAAUGAAGAAA